UGUCUCGCCGUCCCAUGCGUGGGAUGCAAGCUUGAUAUCCACUGCCGCCGUUGCAAAAUCUCAGUAAAUAAGGGAACUCCACACAAAGUUGUGUUAUGGAAACAGCAUGUCGGUCCCUGUCUUUGACAAGUGGACUGUAUCCCCCGCACAAGGCAAGAUAAUACUAGGCCCACCCCGCGAUACAAGUCACGCUGGGCGCCACAUCAGCAAGCUUCUUCCAUUCGAAAGUUGUUUCAAUUUCUUUGAGAUUUGAUACCUCUACCAAAUUUUCUAGACCUCAUUGUUAUUUCAUCAUGACGCUUAACGAAAGUGCUGCUGCUCAUGCAGCGAGUUUUCUCUACCCACAUGGAUUUCCAACCGCCCCUUCGCCAAUCAAAAUUAUCACACUUGCUGCAGUCUUGAUAUUUACAAUCAGCUUCUUCGUGAGGGGCAAGAAGACGAAGUACAGCUACCCCCCGGGCCCAAAGGGCAAUUUGGUAGUGGGAAACACCUUUCAAUUAGACCCUCGGUUCCCUGGUGCUAAAUUCGCAUCAUGGGGACAAGAGUACGACGACAUGUUCUCUAUAUUUCUCGGUUCUACCAGAUGGGUCGUUGUCAAUUCCUCGAAGAUGGUGCGCGAACUGCUGGAUCGGAAGGGUAAAAUCUACCUCAGUCGUCCAUACUUCCCGGUGACACAGGAAAUCUUAUCUGGUGGCAUGCGAAUUGUCUUGAUGCCACAUAGCGAGCGGUGGAGAAAUCUGAGGAAGAUCAUGCAUCAGCUAUUGACUGCCAAAGCGGCCGAUAGCUACAAGCCAUACCAAGAAAUUGAGUCGAGGAAGCUGAUAUGGGAUUAUUUAAAGGCACCUGAAUUGUUCUACCUCCAUGGUGCGCGAUUUGCCAAUUCUGUUAUCAUGUCGGUUGUUUUUGGUCGAAGAAGUAGCAUGAGCGAAGCAAAUGUCAAGGAGUUAUUCAGCUGCAUUGACGAAUUCAUGAAACUGCAGGGAUCGCCUUCAGCCAGCUUUAUCGACGGAUUCCCUUUCAUCGCUCGAUGGUUACCCGUGAGACUGCAGUGGUAUCGACCGAAAGCUGAGAAGGUAUUCCACGAAACCUUGAAAGUGUACGAGAACUUCUUCGACGAUCUGCAGAAGCGAAUCGAUCAGGGCGAGAACCCGGAGUGUUUUGCGCGGUCUCUAGUCGACUUGUCAAAGCAGUACAACUUCAGUGACGAGCAGCAAUAUUUCUGUGCUGGUACCAUCAUUGAAGCAGGAUCUGAUACGACCAGAAAUCAGAUUAACCUCAUGCUUGCAGCCGCAGCUAAAUACCCGGAAUGGGUAAAGAAAGCCCGACAAGAACUUGACAGUGUCCUAGGAGACGCCAAAAGACUUCCCGACUUUGAUGAUUGGGAAUCUUUACCAUACAUACGGGCAGUUAUGAAAGAGACUCUAAGGUGGCGCCCGAACAUGAUCGCGAGCGGUGUGCCACGCGUACUUGUCGAGGAUGAUGUCGUUGGGCCCUACAGAUUCGAGAAAGGCACCGUGUUUACGUGGAAUCAUUAUGGAAUUUCCCACGACGAACAAGAAUACAAGAAUAAUCAAGUAUUCGACCCAGACCGAUUCCUUAAUGAGGAUUUGAACGAUAUGUUGAAAGGACAUUGGGGAUUUGGCAUGGGACGACGCGUUUGCGUAGGCUGGCAUGUCGGAUCUCGAAACAUGUUCAUUUCCUUCUCUCGCCUUCUUUACUGUUUCGAUUUCGCGGAAGAUCCAUCGGAGCCCAUCGACGAGACAAGGAUUGAUGCCUUUGCGCAUAAAGCUGCUCCCUUCAAGCUCAAUAUCAAACCCAGGAGCCAGGCUCAUGCUGAUCUGAUCGAGCGAGAAUGUCGUGUUGCCGGCGAAGCUGUUUCGUGAAACGCAAGGACGGGUUCAGAAAAC